UUUCGUUUCUAUGGCAACCCGUUUCACGGCAACCCGUGCAAACGAUUAGUAACGUGCAGCACGGGUACGUAUAUAUGGGAUACGUUUAUAAAUAUAACCAAAAAACAAGUUUAAUAACAAGUUAAAGAUAAAAACAAAAUGCCGAUCCCUCAGAAACCAGGAACAGUGCGGUCCAAAAAGGGAUCUAUCACCCAAUUAAAAGCACCUGUUGUAAAGGGAGCCAAAGUCUCCAACAAAAAGAAGGACGAAGAGGAUGGGACAGAGACCGGAGACGGAGACGAGUGGAUGCAGGGGAAGACUCUGGUUAAACCUCCAGACCAGCUGGACCUGACCGAGGCGGAGCUGAAAGAGGAGUUCACAAGAAUACUGACAGCAAACAAUCCACAUGCUCCACAGAAUAUUGUCAGAUACAGCUUCAAAGAGCGCUCCUAUAAGCCGAUCAGCAGCGUGGAUCAGUUGGAGGUUCACUUUGUGCUGGAAGGCAACCUUCUGCACAAGGAUUCUGAUGAGGCUCGAAGGCAAAGAGCUAGACAAGGGUUUGCAGAGGAUAAAACACCUGAAACAUCUGUAGCAGAAAAUGAGGACAAGCCUGUGACUCCGGCAGAUGGGGUUGAGGAUGCAGGCGAUGCAGACGAUGGUGCCGGAGAGGAGAGACCGGAUAGCGUGGAUGUCCUGGGGGGGAAGAAAGAGCGCAAAAUCACCAACCAGUUCAACUUCAGCGAGAGAGCAUCACAGACGCUCAACAAUCCUCAGAGAGAAAGAGCGUGCCAGACUGAACCUCCUCCUCGUGCCACCUUCUCUGGUACAGCUAAUCAAUGGGAGAUCUAUGAUGCCUAUGUGAAGGAGCUCCAGAAGCAGGAGAAGAAUAAGGAGAAACAGAAGGUCCUGUCGUCUAAAAAGGAGGGCGACAAAGCGAAGAAGAAGACAGUGUUGGUAGAGAAUCAGAGUGAUGAUGUUACCAAAGUGGCGAAGGUGGCCAAGAUUAUUGAGCGCAUGGUGACUCAGAACACCUUCGAUGACAUCGCUCAGGAUUUUAAAUACUUUGAGGAUGCAUCAGAUGAGUUCCGAGAACAAGAAGGAACGCUUCUGCCACUGUGGAAGUUCCAAUAUGACAAAGCCAAACAUCUCUCCGUCACUGCGCUCUGCUGGAAUCAGAAAUACACAGACCUGUUCGCUGUAGGACUCGGGUCAUUUGAGUUCACGAAGCAGGGUCGAGGCAUGCUGCUCUUCUACUCCCUGAAGAACUCCACCUACCCAGAGUAUAUUUUCCACACUAAAUUUGGGGUCAUGUGUUUGGACAUCCACAAACAGCUGUCUUACCUGGUGGCGGUGGGGUUCUAUGAUGGUAGCGUUGCAGUGUAUAACCUGAAGGAAGACAGAACUCAGCCUGUUUAUAAGAGCACCGCCAAGUCGGGCAAGCACACUGACCCGGUGUGGCAGGUCAAGUGGCAGAACGAUGACAUAGACAAGAAUCAUAAUUUCUUCUCAGUCUCCUCAGAUGGACGUGUGGUGUCAUGGACUCUUGUGAAGAAUGAGCUACUGUUCACAGAUAUCAUUAAACUCUCUAUGGAAGGGGCAGUUUCUGAAGGACAUGACGACAUGAUUCUUGACAUGGCAUGCGGAACCGCUUUUGAUUUCCAUAAACAGAUCGACUACCUUUUCCUCGUUGGCACUGAAGACGGCAAAAUACACAAGUGCUCCAAAUCCUACUCUAGCCAGUUCCUGGAGUCGUACGCCGCUCACGGCCUGUCUGUUGAUGCCGUGAAGUGGAACCACUUCCAUCCAAAAGUGUUCAUCUCUUGUAGCUCGGACUGGACCGUCAAGAUAUGGGAUCACACUAUCACGACCCCGAUGUUCACCUUUGACCUGAACACAGCCGUGGGAGACGUGGCCUGGUCACCGCACUCGUCCACCGUGUUCGCUGCCGUCACCAUCGAUGGAAAGGUGCAUGUGUUUGACCUGAGCAUCAACAAAUAUGAAGCCAUUUGCCAGCAGUCUGUGGUGUCUAAGAAGACCAAGCUAACUCACAUUGAGUUUAACCCAGUGUACCCCAUCAUUAUUGUGGGAGAUGACCGAGGCUACGUCACCAGCCUGAAGCUCUCACCCAAUCUCCGCAAGAAGCCAAAGGAGAAGAAGGGACAGGAGGUGCCGAAGGGGCCAGAAGUGGAGAUAGAAAAGCUGGAGAAGCUGCUGAGUCUACUGAGGGAUACUGACAGUCCUGUAAAGAAGUAACCUACUAACACCACACCUCAAGUGCUCUUUAACAUCACAGCAGUCCAUUCUUACAGUUUUAUGACACACUGUCUUCUAUCUGGCUUGUGACUAUAUAAAUCUGUAAUGAAUAAAACACAACAGGACAUGUUGAUAUAGGAAAAUAAUCAGUAACAGGGUAGACUGAUGCAGCGUGACACAAAGCCCACAGUUGAUUAUUUUCCACUAACAGCAUUCAUUUUUCAUCUGAUACCACAACCAAUAAUUUUAUAUGUUUAUGUUGUGAACUGUUCCUGUUAUCACUUAAAUUACAGCAGCUAUGAUCCGUCCUUCCUCUUACAGACCUCUUUUUCUCUAUUUCGAAGUUAAAGUCACUUGUCAUGUUGUCAAGAAACUGUGAAGCUCUCUGUGCUUAAACCUUUUCUGUGAUGGAAAACUUCAGCUUAAAAAGUUAAAUAAACGUUUCCUCAAUGAUAACUUCUGUCACUGAAACACAACACAUUCUGAUCAAUCAAAAUUAAGAACUGUAAUAAUAUCUAUUCAUAUAUAUUUUCUAUAAAACUACUUGCCUUCCUUCUGUGUUCAGUCUGAUUCCAUUCACCUUCAUCCAGCCCGUCACCCAUAUUAAAGACAGGAUUCUGCCUUCUUAGAGUGCUGAUAUGUUUAUUAAAACGAUUCAUCAUGCCUAAGCCACUGGUUCAUUACCUCCAGAUCAUAUGCAAAUGGGAUGAGAAGAUAUUUGUUUAUUGGUUCCUCAGGCCCUUUAAAUAAGCAAGCAAUGAGUGUGAGGAAAAGAAAAAAAGUCCCAACAACUCUUGUUUGAUAUUAAAAUGCAUCAGUCACACACUUGUAAGCACUACAGGGGAGCACCUACUCAAGACCCAGAUGUAUGCGGCAUUAUUAGCACAGUAUUGAUUGGUAGUUGGUCCACUGGCCAAGCAGAGUGUGUGGGUUGAGUGCAACUCUGGCAGGCAUGACUGGACUGUGGUGAAGAGGACCAUAAGUGUCUCUUUACCUUUAUAUAAACCACUCACAGCAGAGUGCUAAUGAAUCAAAGAGCUCAGACAUCAGAGACCAUGGCAAGCAGCCUAUGCUGACGCCGCAUGGUCUUACGUAGGAACCCCGACUACACAGGCUUCGA